UACUUUUAUUUAUUAUGGUAGCACGAGCCACACCCGUGGCCUGCAUGGGGAAAUGGGCGUUCACCUCAAUUAAUGAGGAGCGUGGUGAUGACCACGUGACGUCAUGCUUUUUGGAGAGCUUUUUAUGGACUAGAGUGGUUGCUCUUCUCUUGGCUAAGAAUACUAGGAAUAUGGCAGAGGGAGGUAGAAAAGAAGAAGAAAUAAAUCCUUUGUUUGGGGAAAGAUGUUUGGAUGACCCAGAGGAAGUGUUUCAGCACAAUUCAUGGGAUCAUAUAGAAUGGGACAAGGAUCAAUUGAGACAAGCUGAAGAAACCAUUAAAGUGAACUUUUCACAAAAACUCAGUGACGAAGAACAAAGUUUGAUGCUGAGCUAUUUGAGGGUUGUACAGGCUCUGAGCUUGCGGAUUUCAGUCGUGAAGAUAUAUUUAAUUUGUGUGGCCCUGUUCAUGGAGUCAGACUGUACAAUUCACUUAAUAAAGGAGUACCUUCCUAUUUUGGUGGAAAAACCCACAUGCGACUUCCUAAAAACAUGGAUCGCUAGAGGGCUUUCAAUACCUCCGUCAAGAAUCACUGCACUUCUUGUAGAGGACAGAUAUGGAAAACUGGUUCCCAUGGAUAAUCUCUCCUUAAAAGGUAUUAACAAGAGGAUUUAUUUUGAUAUUAAACAAGAAGUGGAUGAAAAAGGCUCAAUGAGGAUAACACUGAAAGAAUCGCCUACUAAAGAUGAAAACGGCAAGAGAGGCCAACACUCUAAAUCAUAGGAACACCAUUUUAUUAUUUGUUAUUAUUAUUCUUUAAUUUGAAUUGACAUCAAAAAAUUCUUCUGUGAUUUCUUGUUUUUAUUAGUCGUUUAUUAGUUUUUAGUAUGCUUAGAUAUUGAUUUGAAAUGAUUUCUGAUUUUUUAAGGCCAAUGGCACAUUUUCAUAAUGAA